GCCCCCGCCGCCGGGUAGGCGCUGACGCAAGCGCAGCAGGCGCGCGCUGUUUCCGGAAGUCGCGGCCGGCGUCACCGCUGCUGCUGCCUCAGCUACUGCCGCGGUCGCCGCGGAAUUCGGCGAGUAGAACCGCUGAGGCGGGCGCGGGGCCGGGUUUCCGGCCACUCUGCAGAAUGGAGAUAAUCAGGAGCAAUUUUAAGAGUAAUCUUCACAAAGUGUACCAGGCCAUAGAGGAGGCCGACUUCUUCGCCAUCGAUGGGGAGUUUUCAGGAAUCAGUGAUGGACCUUCAGUCUCUGCAUUAACAAAUGGUUUUGACACUCCAGAAGAGAGGUAUCAGAAGCUUAAAAAGCAUUCCAUGGACUUUUUGCUAUUUCAGUUUGGCCUUUGCACUUUUAAGUAUGACUACACAGAUUCAAAGUAUAUAACGAAGUCAUUUAACUUCUAUGUUUUCCCGAAACCCUUCAAUAGAUCCUCACCAGAUGUCAAAUUUGUUUGUCAGAGCUCCAGCAUUGACUUUCUAGCAAGCCAGGGAUUUGAUUUUAAUAAAGUUUUUCGAAAUGGAAUUCCAUAUUUAAAUCAGGAAGAAGAAAGACAGUUAAGAGAGCAGUAUGAUGAAAAACGUUCACAGGCGAAUGGUGCAGGAGCUCUAUCCUACGCAUCUCCUAACACUUCAAAAUGUCCUGUCACGAUUCCUGAGGAUCAAAAGAAGUUUAUUGACCAAGUGGUAGAGAAAAUAGAGGAUUUAUUACAAAGUGAAGAAAACAAGAACUUGGAUUUAGAGCCGUGUACCGGGUUCCAAAGAAAACUAAUUUAUCAGACUUUGAGCUGGAAGUAUCCGAAAGGCAUUCAUGUUGAGACUUUAGAAACUGAAAAGAAGGAGCGAUAUAUAGUUAUCAGCAAAGUAGAUGAAGAAGAACGCAAAAGAAGAGAGCAGCAGAAACAUGCCAAAGAACAGGAGGAGCUGAAUGAUGCUGUGGGAUUUUCUAGAGUCAUUCAUGCCAUUGCUAAUUCGGGAAAACUUGUUAUUGGACACAAUAUGCUGUUGGACGUCAUGCACACAGUUCAUCAGUUCUACUGCCCUCUGCCUGCGGACUUAAGUGAGUUUAAAGAGAUGACAACAUGUGUUUUCCCCAGACUCUUGGAUACUAAAUUGAUGGCCAGCACACAACCUUUUAAGGAUAUCAUUAACAACACAUCCCUUGCGGAAUUGGAAAAGCGGUUAAAAGAGACACCUUUCAGCCCUCCUAAAGUUGAAAGUGCCGAAGGUUUUCCAAGUUAUGACACAGCCUCUGAACAACUCCACGAGGCAGGCUACGAUGCCUACAUCACAGGGCUGUGUUUCAUCUCCAUGGCCAAUUACCUGGGUUCUUUUCUCAGCCCUCCAAAAAUUCAUGUGUCUGCCAGAUCAAAACUCAUUGAACCUUUUUUUAACAAGUUAUUUCUUAUGAGGGUCAUGGAUAUCCCCUAUCUAAACUUGGAAGGACCAGACUUGCAGCCUAAACGUGAUCAUGUUCUCCAUGUGACAUUCCCCAAAGAAUGGAAAACCAGCGACCUUUACCAGCUUUUCAGUGCCUUUGGUAACAUUCAGAUAUCCUGGAUUGAUGACACAUCAGCAUUUGUUUCCCUUAGCCAGCCCGAGCAAGUAAAGAUUGCUGUCAAUACCAGCAAAUAUGCAGAAAGCUAUCGGAUCCAAACCUAUGCUGAAUAUAUGGGGAGAAAACAGGAAGAGAAGCAGAUCAAAAGAAAGUGGACUGAAGAUAGCUGGAAGGAGGCUGACAGCAAACGGUUAAACCCCCAGUGCAUACCCUAUGCCCUGCAGAAUCACUAUUACCGCAACAAUAGUGAUAAACCCAGGCAACAUUCUUUUCAAAUGGAUAAUCAAAAGAGAGAAUUGAUCAACCAAGAUGAAAGUGUCACAAGGAACCAAUAAGUGAUAAUGUUGGAAGUGAAAUUCAAAUCAAAACAAGUAGAAUUAUAAAGAAGAACUAGCUGACCAUGGGAAUGUUGACACUGCUGCCAUUUGAGUUACUGUAAAUCUGCAGCCAGAGGAACUUAACGAAGGCAACUUAUCAGCAUAAAUGAGGAAAGUGGUUGUGACAAAAAGGAUGAAGAUGUCCCAGAAGAAGUGAUGCCAGCACAAACUUUCACAUUAAAGGAGCUCUCAGAGAUAUUUCACUACAUUGAAAGCGCAAAGGAUAACCCAUUGGAAGCUGAUUCACACUUACAAAGGAGUACAACAGUUCACCCAGGCAUAGAAGAAACACUCACUGCAUAUCAUAAGUUAUAUGGCAAGAAGAAGGCACACACUGUUUAAACUACUCUGAAUAAGUUUUUUUGUUUUUAACAAAAGCUCAUACUUUAUUCACAUUUCCUCGGUUUUUACCUAAUGUCCUUUUUCUGUUUCAGUUUCAGGAUCUCAUCUAGGAUACCACAUUAUAUUUGGCCAUCGUAUCUCCAUAGGCUUCUUUAGACCACGAUGGUUUCUCUGACUUUCCUUGUUUUUGAUUACCUUGACAGUUUCAGGAUGAAAUUGGCCAGCUAAUCUAUGGAAUGUCCUCCAACUUGAGUUUGUCUGAUAUUUUUCUAGUGGUUAGACUAAGGUUAUGGGUUUUGGAUGGAAGACCCGUGAUGAAGUGCCAUCCUCAUCACUUCAUAUCAAGGGAACAUGCUGUCAAUGUGAUUUCUCACUUGGGAUGUUAACCUUCAUCACCUGGGUUGAGGUGGUGUUUGCCAGAUCUCUCCACAUGAAGUUACUGCUCUCUCUCUUUCCACACUCUGCUCUUUGAAAGGAAGUCACUGUACACAGCCCAAGUCUUAAGUGGUGGGAAGUUAUGUUCCACCUCCUUGGGGGAGGAUUGUCUGUAAUUCUUCUGAACAAGAGAUUUGUCUCUUAUUUAUUAUUUAGUCAUUGAUCUAUGUCAUUAUAUAGACAUAAGUUUUAUACAAAGAAAUAAAACACUUUAAUUCUCAGUGGUUUCUGAUGCUUUAAAUUGCAGUGUACUGAAUGUUAUGGCUUUACUUUUUGUAUGUUUGUUUGUUUCUCUAUUUUUAACCCAGAGUCAGAGACUUAGAAAUGUUUUGACAAAAGUUUUUAAAGGUCACAGAAAAAUCCAUGUUUCUCUGAUUUCAAGGUGAGUGUAGAACACCUUUAGAGUGCAAAGGAUAACCCUUUGGAAGCUGAUUCAAACUUACAAAGGAGUACGAGUGUAGAAUACUCACCUUUCAGUUGUCCAGAUGUUUUUAUGAUCCUGUACUAUGUGCAAAGCAAGGACUGGCUGUAGUUUGUAAAGUUUCCUUCAGCUCCCUACUCUGUGCUUGUUUCCUCAGAGUUCCUUUAUUUCUGUCUGUAUAUUGGUCUGUUUUGGUUUUUGUCUCUCAUGUUGGAAGCUUUCUUUAAAUAUUUGGCUGUUCUUGGCCAUCCAUUAUUUUUUAAGAAUGAACUAAAAAUUGAUGAGAAGCUCUGGGUGUGGAGGCAAAUCUUAUUGAUGGUCUUUCUGUGUAGGAUGAUGAGGUGAAAAAUUGGCUUUAUAAUUAAUAUGUCUUUUCUCUGAGGCUGAUUGAGUUCCUUUAUGGCUUAUGCUUCUUAUAUCUACAUAAGAACUCUGCCUAGAUAAGGUCACAGAGAUUUUCUCUUUUUUUUUUUUAGCAGUUUUUAAUUAUUCUCAUUUUUAUAUUAGGUAUGUGAUCUAUUUCAAGUUAAUUUUUAUGUAUGGUAUGAGGCAUGGGUACAAGUUUAUUUUUUGCAUAUAGAUAUGCAAUUAUUCCAGCACUAUUUUAUGAAAAGUAAAUUACUGAAUUACAACUCCUUAGUCAAAAAUCAUUUGGUCAUAUACAUGUGGGUCUAUUUCUGGACACUGUUCUAUUCCAUUGAUCUAUAUGUCUGUUCUUUCACCAAUACCAUUCUGUCUUGAUUACUGUAGCUUUGUAGUGAGCCUUGAAAUCAAAUAUUGUACCUUUAAUCUUGUCUUUUUUAUAUAAAAGUUUAUUCUAUUCACUUUUCCACAAAAGUUUUAGUCAGUUUGUCAGUUUCUACAAAAAGUCUGCUAGCUCUUUGAUUGGAAUUGUGUUGAACCUGUAAACCAUUUCGAGGAGAAUUAACAUCUUAACUACAUUGAGUCUUCCAACCCAUGAACGUAGUGUAUCUUUUCACUUAUUUGGGCUUUCUUUGAUUUCUCUCAUCAGUGUAUUAUAGUUUUCAGCAUACAAAUUUUGCAUGUGCUAUAACACUAAGGAGUUGUCCCUUAGUGUUUUACCUUUUGAUCCAUUGUAAGUCAUAUAUUUUUAAAGUUCCACUUCCAGUCAUUUAUUGCUAAUAUAAAGAAAUAUAAUAGCUUUUUUAUUUUGACCUUGUAUUUUUAAACCUUCCUUACUUACUCACUUAUCAGUUCUAAUAAUUUAUUAUAGAGUAUUGGGUAUUUUUUGUUUAAGAAAUUAUAUCUACAAAUAAAGACAUUUGCAUUUAUCUCCCCAGUACAAAUUUUCCCAUACACAUUUUCUUUCUCUUGCCUUUAUUGCUCUGGCUAGGGCCUCUAGUACAUUGUUGAAUAGAAGUUGUGAGAGCUGACAUCUUUGUCUUAUUCCUGAUCUUAGGAGGAAAGCUUUCAAUCUUUCAACAUUAAAUAUGAAUUAGCUGUAAGGAUUCAGUGUUUUUAGAGAUUGAUUCUCUGAUUUUCAUCUUGGGGGAUACAAGCCUAACUGCUGUGCUCUGGGUACAAAUUGGCAGAAGGGAGCUGGACAGCCUCACUCCUCGGUAUGUGGGGGAUGGCUACCCCAUUUCGUCAGCUCAUAUUGCCUCACUGUCACUCUUCACCAUUGUACCUGGUGCCGCUGAGCCUGCAGAGAUCGCUUUCUCCAGAGUCUAAACCUCCUAUCUAGCUCCUACUGGCCUGGGGUGAUACCAGUCCCCUGGCUUCCCUGGGGUAGGGAAUCCUAUUACAGCCUUGCUCCCUCCUGACACGGCUCCAGUCCUUACCACCUGCUCGUUUUAGGAAUCUAGGGCCUGGUUGUGCUGAGAUUUUGCAUGGCUUUAUUGGGUGAAUCUGCCUUUUGUAGAACACUCAGAUUUCUGUUUCUGCCUCUAUGCAGAGCUCUUUGCCACUCUUCUCUCUGCUUUUCCUCUACAGAGUGCCUGCAAGGUGAGCUGAUACCCCAUUCUCUGAUGCUGCCUCUCCUGUUCUCUUUUCCUCUGUAGGUGUUAUCUUCUCUCUGCAGAUAAAUAAUGUGUUCAAUCGGUCAUGUUUAACUUCCUGGAAAUUUUUAAAAAGUAGUUUACUUUCUGAAAUAGUUGGCCUUUUGGUAUGCCGGGAUGAUGUUUUGUUUUUCUUAUAGCCUUGAUUAUGUUACUAAUUUGAUUAGUAAGUCCUUUGAUUGAAGUCAAAAGGUAAAUUUUAGUACGAAAGUAAAUUUCAUCCUAGCCUCUGAAAAUUUCAGAUGUUCUAAAUUCAGGUCCAGUAAUUGUAUAUUGAUUAUAUAUUUUACAUUUAGAAAUUAUUAUUAAUGUAAUAUCUUUCAUGUUUGCAUCAAUCUUUUCUGUGUUAAAGUGAGUUGACAAUAGGGGAUUGUUUGAAAUAUUCAAAAUAGGUUCUUGUGAAAAGUAUUUCUUAUUGAAUGCUAUUGAUUCUUCGUAAUGUUGAACCAAUUUUUUUCUUAAGCCUCGUAUUCACAAGUAAGCUUUAUGUCUAGGAUGGAGCAGGUAUACAAUGCAUUCAUGUUUACACACACACACACACAGCAGGUAUACAAUGCAUUAAUGUUUACACACACACACACACACACACACACACACACACACACACACACACACACAUACACACACACACCCCUACACACACACACACACACACACACACACACACACCCCCAUUCCACAAGAGAUGUCCUUAUUACCAGACAGGUACCGUUCAGACCUUAUUUAAUGUUAAAUUUGUUUUCAGACUCCUUUUUUUUUUGAGACAGAGUCUCACUGUGUCCCCCAGGCUGGAGUACAAUGGUGCGAUCUUGGCUCACUGCAACCUCCGCCUCCCAGGUUCAAGCAGUUUUCCUGCCUCAGCCUUCCGAAUAGCUGGGAUUACAGGCAUACACCAUGAUGCCCGGCUGUUUUUUGUAUGUUUAGUAGAGACAAGGUUUCACCUUGUUGGCCAGGCUGGUCUCGAACUCCACCUCAAGUGAUGUGCCCACCUCGGCCUCCCAAAGUGCAGGGAUUACAGGUGUGAGCCACUGCGCCUGGCCCCAAGACUCAAAUUCUUUAUUAGAAAUAAGAAUCCUGGUUUAUCAGUGAUCUCCAAGGGUUUGGCUUCUGAACUGAGCAUAGGUUGUCCAACAUCCUCCCCUCUCCCACCUAAAUUGAGCCCCAAACACGGAAACAGUCAUGCUCAUGGAAUUCGAAUUCGCCACGAGAGUUUGUGAACACAAUAAAAAGGCAUUUCUAGCUCCCACUUACUGGAUCUCUCCAGUUCAUUUUGCUGUGUGAGGUAGUUUGCACAGUGGGACAUUCCCUCAAUCCCUUAGCUACAUCUAGUAGGGAAUGUGCUUUCAUUCAGCCUAGCAGGAGAAGCUGCCCAUACACUGGAAUGUAAACUAUGUUCAUAUUAUUUCUAAUUCAGGAUGAAAUAAGCAAUUUGUUGUUUGUCACUUGCAUUAUUGCUUUUAGGGAGGUAGCUUUCACUUACUUCAUUUAUUUCAUCCAUUCAGCAAACCUUGGCCAAGGACUUACUCUAUGCCAGGCCCUGUGCCAGGAAUGGAGAGCACAAGCAAUGUAAGAGCCUGCUCUCGUGGAACAUACAUUCUAGUGGCAGAGAGAGAGAAUAGAUAAGUAAGGACAUAAAUAAGAAGCAAGGCAGAGGUGAGUAGGAGGAGGAAAAUAAAACAGGGCAGAGGAAUGAAUGUGACAAGGUAAGUGGCUAUUUGGGCUCCUCCGUGGGGAUGGUGCGGGGGUCUCUUUUCUGUUGAGACCGGCGCAGUGAGGAGAGCUGGCCCUAGGAAGAUGGGAGUUUAUAAAGCAGUGCCAAGAACAUUGAACUUGGAGUGCAAUCUCAGACCCACCUGCCCAGCUGCAGUACCUGGGGGAGGUCAUUUACCCUGAAGAUGAGGUUUCUUGUCUGCAAAAUGGGAGUGUACAUGUGUCCAGCUUCAAAGGGUCAUAUACAGUUACCAAAUAUGAGAAUGUUGUAAACAGCAGCUCUUUAAAAUGAAAGGGGACUGUUAUUUUAUACAGCAGCAUGAACGUUCCAGCCAACUAAAGGACUUGCUCUACCUGUCUUUAAGACUUACUGUAGGCCAGGCAUCAUGGUUCACGCCUGUAAUACCGGCACUUUGGGAGACCAGGGAGGGAGGAGCAGUUGAGCCCAGAAGUUUAAAACCAGCCUGAGGCAACAUAGCAAGACACCCCCAUCCUUACAAAAAAAUUAAAAAUUAGGUGUGGUAGUGCAUGCCUGUAGUCUCAGCUACUCAGGAGGUAGAGGUGGGAGGAUCACUUGAGCCUGGGAGGUUGAGGCUGUGGUGAGCUAUGAUUGCACCACUGCUUUCUAGCCCAGGUGAGACAGCCAGACCCCAUCGGUUAAAAAAAAAAAAAAAAAAAAAAAAAACAACUUACUGUAAAACUGUAGUAAUACAGUGUGGGGCUGGGUAAGGAAAGACAGAUAGUGAAACAAAAUAGAAUAGAGAGUCCAAGAAUACAACCACACAUGUGUGAUCAGUUGAUUUCCCAUAGUUUUUCCAUGCAAGAAUUCCUUCUUGGCAUUUAGAGACAUUUGUCUCUUAUUCCAGAUUGUGAGAAAAAUGAGUCAAGAAAUCAGGAAAAGGAAAAAUUCUGCAAGAACUAAAAUUUUAACAGCCAACAUGGGCAACAUGGGCAUUACUAGUUUAAAGGAAUUAUCCAGUUUAAAGGCAAGAGCACAGUCAGCGACACAUGGAGUCAGAGAUUAAGGUCAUCAUUUCAGAACCAGGACAGCAACAUGUAGGAGAGAAGGGGUCACAGUCCAAUCAAGUCAUUCUUGCUUGUCACUGUCACCAUAUUGCAAGUGUAUGUUUAUGGCUCUGCCUGCUAUUAAUAGUGAGUCAUUUUUCUCAAUAAAAAUCUAUUGAGUUAUGCACAUGAAUAUACUUUACAAAAUCCUCCAAGUCUUGUUGGACGAUGUAAGUUUUGGCAGCAGCCCUUAAGUUGGUAGCUUUGAGGCGUGAUUCCUGUGUGGUGCUAUUAACCUUGCUAGGAUAGCCAAAUGUUACAUUAUCUUCAUAGAAUCCAAUAAUGUUCACUGGUGUUUUCCAGUGUUUGAAUAUUUAAUGUAGGCUACAGUUCUUUGUAAAUACUUUCACAGGAGAAAUGUAAAGAGAAGAUGUGUGAAUAUGAUUGUGGAAUACUCUUAAUAUGAAAUCAGCUGAUAUAAAAUUUGAAUUAGGAAAAGCAGUAUCAAUUUUAAGAGCAAAAUCAAGGCAAGCAGACAAGAUAUUUUCAACACUAGGAAAGGAAAUGGGCUUAUAUGAAGCCAUAUAUAGUCUAAAUCCCAACUGCAAUUUGCUUUGGACACACUCUGAAGAGUUUGACCAACUCUUGACCAAUGUUCAGCAUAACAUGAAAGAAGCUUUUCUACAUUUGGAAUAUUUUUCACAAAACAAAUAUUUAUUAAUACUUGUGUGUUUUAAAGUAUCAUUUAAGAAUAACUUUUAAAUAUUUGUGGCAUCUUUCAAUUUUUAAAUGAUAUUUGGCAUUCAUUUGGUGCUACUGUGUUCUUAAUGUUUUCUGUUAACAAAUGUCUAUAUCAGGUAGAGGUUAUUUUUAUGUGUUAUUGAAAUACAUGCUUUUCUCACAGUGUAUUCAUUCAUAAUAAUAACCUGUGCAUAUAUUAUUAUAUCUUACUUUAUAGAACUGACCCCUGAAGCUUUCAGUAUAAGUGUAUCACAUAAAAGUGAUUUGCUAUUUAUAACUCAUUAUUCAACAACAUGUAACACAAUGCUAUGAAAAAUGCAGAAUAUUUUAUGAUUUGGGAAUUCUGAAUUUCUCAUUUCUGAAUCUUGAAGCUAAUGACUGUUGAGAAUUUGGAAAAAACAAAAAUUCCUGACACAGGUGCUGGUAAUCCAGUAGGCAAAGGAAGUUUUUGUCAACAUACAGUACUCUGAAACAACUGGGUAACUAUGCCAGAAACCACAUUUCUGUUCUGAUGUUACACCACAUUUAAAAUGAACUUCAAGCGACUCGUAGAACUAAAUGGAAGAACUAAAAUGAUAACCACUGGUAGAAGAAAAAAAUGAAAGGAGAUCUUAGUAUCUUGCAUUAGGCAAAGAUUUCUUAGAUAUGACAACAAAAGCAUGAGCCAUAAAAGAAAAAUGUUGAUAAACUGGACUUAGUCAAAAUUAAAUAUUCUUUUCUUCAAAAGGUACUAUUAAGAAACUGUGAAGAGAAGGCACACACUGUGGAAAAAAAUUUAUUUUCCUUUUUUUCUUUUAGAGGUGGGGAUUCACCAUGUUGCCCAGGCUGGUCUUGAACUCCUGAGCUCAAGCGAUCCACCCACCUUGGCCUCCCAAAGUGCUAGGAUUACAGGCAUGAGCCAUCAUGCCAGGCCAAAAAUUUUCAAACUACAUAUCUAAUAAUGUAGUUGUAUCUACAUACAAAAUAGUUGUAUCAUGAUCAUAUAUACUCUUAUAAUAUAUACUCGGCAAUUCAGAAAACAACCCAGUUUUUUGAAAAGGGGGAUGAGGUCAAAACAUUUCAACAGAUUUCUUCAAAAAAGAUAUACAAAUGGCCAAUAAAUAGUUUGGCAGUUUCCUGUAAAGUUAAACAUAAAUUGCAAAUGUAUUUUAUAUAUCACCCAGCAAUCCUUCUAGGUAUUUAUAUUUGAAAAAUAAAAACUUAUGUUUUUAAUAAUAAAAGCUAGCUUUUACCCAGAUGUUCAUACCAGCAUUAUUUAUAAUGACAAAUAGUUGGAAGCAGCCCAAAUGUCCAUCAACUGGUAAAUGAAUAAAUUGUGAUCCAGCCAUACUAUGAAAUAAAGUACUAAUACUAACAGCCAUAUGACUGACUCUCAAAGUAUUAUGCUAAGUGAAAAGAGUCAAACAAAAGACUAAAUAUUGUGUGAUUUCAUUCACAUGAACUUCUGGAAAAGGCAAAACUACAUAAAUAGGACUAUAAGCAGAUUAAUGGUUGCUGCGACAAUGUGGAUUGAGGGCAGAGUGACAUGAGGAAUCUUUUUAGGGAAAGGGUAUUCUAUAUCUCAAUUGUAGUAAUAGUUACAUGGUUGUAAGCAAUUCCCAAAGUUAACCAAACUGUACAUUUAAAAUAAGUGAAUUCCAUUGCAUGUAAAUAAUACCCUAAUUUAAAAUGGGGAAUAUGUUCAUGUGGCAGCUAGAUUUUUGUUAUUGCUUCAUGGAAAAAGGUAUUUGUAGGGGUUUGAAAAUACGGCCUUUCUAUAAGCAAACAUUUCUUUCUACUAAAAGGAAAAAGUUGCUGGAGAUGUUCACCCUUGUGGAAUUUGAUGGAUAGUUGACAGCAACUUAGCUUUUAACAAAACACUAAUCAAAGUUUAGUGUUCAGUUUUAACAUACCAAGUUGUGUCUGUGACAUUUUAUUUUUUAAUGAAUCACCACUUCUUACAGUGGAUUUAAAUGUCCACUCCCUAUUCAUUAUAAACUAGCUCACUUUGUACAUUAUAAAUCUGUAUGCAAAAUGAGGUCAUACAAAUGGGAGAUUGUUUUGCCUCUCAUUUUACCUUUUGACAUUUAAAAUCAGUUAAUAAAAAUGCCUCAUCAACAUGCAGGUAUUGAGAGUGCUACACACACGCAUGCACAUACACACACAUGCACAGCAGUACCUUCCAAAUAUAUAAAGAAUCACAUUUGUAAAGGCAGUGUUACAUAUAUCUGGUUUUUAAUGUAUAAUUAAAACUCUUUUAUUUAAAACUGCCGUAGUUAAGUUAUAUGGGGAUAUAAUCACAGCUUUUAUUUUUAUUAGAGGAUGGCAGGUCUUACAUACAUAUAGAUACAGAAACAUUAAAUGAAAUAAACUAAUUCCACAUAUAUCUGAGAGCUUUCUCAGGCAGGAUGCCCAAUAACCGUUGGCCUCUCCUAGGAAGCAAAAGACUUAUUUGAGAGCAGAAACUACAGAUUAGCAAUUAAGAAAUAUGCUGUAGGGCGGGUGCGCUAUGUAAUGCUGGGAUUACAUAUGCUGUAGGGCGGGUGCGCUAUGUAAUGCUGGGAUUACAGGGUGCUCACGCCUGUAAUCCCAGCACUUUGGGAGGCUGAGGCAGGCGGAUCUCCUGAGGUCAGGAUUUCAAGACCAGCCUGGCCAACAUGGUGAAACCCUGUUUCUACUAAAAAUACAAAAAUUAGCUGGGAGGCUGAGGCACGAGAAUCACUUGAACCAGGGAGAUGGAGGUUACAGUGUACCAAGAUCACGCCACUACACUCCAGCCUGAGCAACGGAGCAAGACUCCGUCUCUAAAUAAAUAAAUGAAGUUGUAAAUUAAUUGAGAAACUGUUCAGGAAAAUGCUUUGUAAACUUAAAUGUUACAUAGAAACAAGAACCCUGCAGAACCACAUCUGGCAGAGUCCCUGUUGCAUAGCAGUCAGUUGUUUAUGGAGAGGAGCAUUACAGAUGCCUGGGUCUUGUUGGCCAAAAAUACCAUAAUCUGUGGUUAGGAUACAACCAAUGUAUUCUAGUAAGUGCCUUCAAAAUCAUUGCUUGAAGUUAAUGCUAAAAUUAAUCAGUCUCCAUGUCCGUAGAAUAGCCACAUGAUGUUGAGAUAUGAAGUGGUUGUUGUUAUUGUUGUUGUUUUUUGAGACAGGGUCUCACUCUGUCACCCAGGCUGGAGUGCAGUGGGAUGGUCAUGGCUCACUGAAACCUCAAACUCCCAGACUCAAGCAAUCCUCCUACCUCAGCCUCCCAAAUAGCUGGGACUACAGGCAUGCCACCACUGUGCCUGGCUAAUUUUUUGUAUUUUUUUUUUUUUAGAGACGGGGUUUCUCCACAUUGCUCAGGCUGUUCUUGAUCCUGGGCUCAAGCAAUCCUCCCGCCUUGGCCUCCCUAAGUGUUGGAAUUACAAGUGUGAACCACCACACCUGGCCAAGAUAGAAGUUUUAACAAAACUAUACUCCUAUAAAGACACGGGGAAUUAACAUUACCCCAGAAAGUUCCCUCAUUUUCCACCAGUCAGUCCCUACCUACCCUCCCAUACCCACCAUUCUUCUGAGUUUUUUUCUCUGAAGAUUAGUUUAGCCUUUGGAAUUUCAUGUAAAUGGGUUUAUAAAAUACCCACCCUUUCCUGUGAAGGCUUCAUUCACUUAGAAUGUUUGAGAUUCAUCUGUGUUGUUGGAGGUAACAGUAAUUCAUUUUUUAAUUGCUGAAUUAUAUUUCAUUGUAUGAAUAUAGCCCAGUUUAUCCAUUCUUCUGUUGAUGCACUGCUCCUAGUUUCAGUUUAUUAUAAAAAAUAAGAUGAACGAGUUAAAGUCCUCUUGAGACAGAAAAGCAGAGUGUUAUGGGAAGCAUGGAAAGGAAAGAACAGUAAACAGGGAUUGGGAACAUUCCCGGAGGAGAGUGAUGUUGAGCAGGAGGAGAUGGGCAGUAGGGUCUUAGCAUGAAUGGUAACAUCGAAAUGGGCAGUGUGGGUUGUAUUUGGGCUGAUAAACUUCUGGUGGGAUGACGGGCAUGUGGGAGAGUACGGACGAUGAACUUCAUUAGGUAAACCUAUAUAGUCUCUGCAGCUUGGCUGCCUAGUGAAAGAUAGGCCAGGAAAGCAGAUUGGGACCCAGAUGAUAGAGGAUCCUGGAUGCUGUGCCAAUCAGUUUAAAUUUAUGUUUAUAGUGGAGAGUCGGAGUUUUUCUUUCCCUUUCCUUUCCCUGUCUUACGUAUUGAUGUAGACUCAUGGAUUACUAUUUUUUUUCCAAUGAUUCAGAAUUUAUUACUGCCCCCUAAUAAAUUAGAGGGCACACAUUGUCCCAGAUUUUCCCAGUGGGAGUCCUUUCAAGCUAGUUCCUAUUUCCCUGUGACAUGCCUAAAAGUUUUUUACUUCUUGGUAUUGCAAAAUAUUUUAGACUCAUUUUAUAAUUUAUCUCCCUUGAGCCUGGAAUCAGCCACUUAUUUGAGGAGCCCUGGUUCCUUUUAGUAGGGUAUUAGAAACUAAGAUCUGGACAGUAGAUAUGCUCAUUGCUACUGUGGUGUCUCUGCUUCUACGUGCUUUCUGUAGAGAGAGCUGGGAAUUUUGUGCCUGGAUAGAUACAAUUAUCUAUCCCUGCAUAAAUAUACGUGUGUGUAUAUAUAUAUAUGUGUGUGUGUGUGUAUACAUAAAUGUGAACACAUAUACUUAUUUUAGAAAUCACAAGCCCAAACCCAUAUCUCCAAUUUCAGUCUAACCUCAGAGGGUUCUUCCUUAUCUUCCCUUAUUCUAAUAUUUUUAUGUCUGUCUGCCAGAAACAUCAGCACAUUUACUGAUUUACCCGGUGCUCUCAUGCAGCUAAGUGUUUUCAGAAUUGCUUCACUCAUUCUACUACAGAAGCAAACCUACUAAAGGGUUCAGGAUUUGUUUGCAAUUCUCUCCCACACCCUACUCAAGAUUGGGCAUACCAGGUUCAUAAGUUGUUCUUUUGUACUUUGCUUUUUGCACAUAUUUUACUGGAAAUCUUUCUAUAAUCAUUUUGAGUUCUUUGAGAUCUUCAUUCUUUUUGGUAACUGCUUAGUAGUUCAUUGAUUGUGUGUCCUGUUGUGUAUUCAACCAGUUUUUUAUGCUUAGACAUUUAGGUAUUUUGCAGUAUUUUGCAAUUCCAAAUAAUGCUGUAAUGAAUAACUUGUACAUACAUAUUUUUGCAUUGUAGGAGGUAUAUCUUCUAAAUUCCUAGAAGUGUAUGCAGUUUUGUUAGAUAUUGCCACAUUCCCUCCAUAAGAAUAAGUCAUGCGAUUUUGCAUUCAUACCAGUAAUGUGAGAAAGGACCCAUUUCCCCAGUCUACUAAUGGAGUAUAUUAUCAAGCUUUUGAAGGUUUUUGCCAGUCUAAAAUCCUAGUGGGUGAGAAGUGAUAUUUCAGUGUUGUUUUAUUUUGCAUUAUGAAUGGAGUUGAACAUCUUUUCAUGUGUUUAAGGAGUGUGUGUAAUGAGCUGUUUAUUCAUAGCUUUUUCAGUUUUCUAUAGGAUUUUUGGUCUUUCUUUUUCUCUUCAAGUUUGAGUUAUAAUUUGUUAGAGACAUUAACCCUUUAUCUGUGAUACAUGUUGCAGAUAUUUCCUCCUGAUUUGUCAUUUGUCUUGGCUCACGUUAUUUAUCGCCCUGCAAAAGAUGUUUACAUCUAUGAGGUCACAUUCGUAAAUCCUUUAUUAUGUCUGGAUUGUGAGACAUGGCAAGAAAACCUUUUUCUACACCUGGAUUUUGGAGGCAUUCACCCGCGUUUUCUUUUAGUACCUGUAAAGUUGCCUUUUUUGCGUUUAGAUAUCUAAUCCAUUAGGCAUUUAUUCUUUUAUAUGGUGUGAGGAAUGGUUCUAAUUUUAUCCUUUUCUGCUUGUCCCAACACCAUUAUUUUAAAGUCCAUAUAUGCCCCAGUAUUUAGAGAUACCACUGUUGUUAUACAGUAGAUUUCUAUGUACAGUUGGGGCUAUUUCUAGACUUUGUAUUUCACAGAGUAUUUUUAAUGCCCGUGGUUCUAGCUGAGUUUUCAUUAAACAUUUAUGUGUGUCUCAGAGGCUACCAGGUUCCUGAAUUUGCAAUGCAAAGAAAUUUUUAGGCCUCUUCCCCUUUUGUAAUGGAAGAACCCUUAUUAUCUUCUUAUACUUUCUGAAUUUUCUAAAUUUUCUGAAGUCACCCGAACUUUUUCUAGUCUUUAGAAAAUCUUCUUAAAGGUAUUAUCAGUUUUUAAACAGGAAACUUUAGCAUACCUUUUUAACAGCCACUCCCCCCCCCCCCCCCGCCAAA